AUGAAGAUGAGGAAUCACACUCCUGUAACUGAGUUCCUCCUCAUGGGAAUCCCUCACACAGAAGGGCUGGAAAAUGUGCUCUUUGUCUUCUUUCUGGCCUUCUACUUGCUCACUCUUCUGGGGAACCUGCUCAUUCUUCUGGCCAUCCUCACUUCCUCCAACUUCCACACCCCCAUGUACUUCUUCUUGGGAAACUUGUCAGUAUUUGACAUAUUUUUCCCUUCAGUGAGUUCCCCCAAAAUGAUGCUCUACCUGAUGGGGCAAAGCCGGACCAUCUCUUACCAGGGCUGUGCUUCCCAGGUCUUCUUUUACCACUUCCUGGGUUGCACGGAGUGUUUCCUGUACACUGUGUUGGCCUACGACCGUUUUGCAGCCAUCUGUCACCCCUUGCGAUACACAGUCAUCAUGAACCACAGAGUGUGCACCAUCAUGGCUCUAGGCACCUGGAUGGGGAGCUGUCUGCAUGCAUCUGUCCUCACUUUCCUCAUCUUUAAGUUACCCUACUGUGGCCCCAAUGAGGUGGAUAAUUUCUUUUGUGAUAUCCCAGUGGUGCUAUCCCUGGCCUGUGCAGAUACCUCUCUAGCUCAGAUGGUGAGUUUCACCAAUGUAGGUGUUGUGUCACUCAUCUGUUUUCUUCUUAUCCUCACUUCUUAUACUCGCAUCGUUAUCUCUAUAUUGAAAAUCAGCUCCUCAGAAGGCAGGCACAGAGCCUUCUCAACCUGCAGUGCCCAUCUGACUUCCAUCCUGCUCUUCUAUGGACCUGUGUUCCUCACGUAUCUGCAACCUGCCUCCAGCUCUUGGCUGGAUUCUGUGGUUCCGGUGUUGAAUAAUAUUGUUACUCCUUCCCUAAAUCCUUUGAUAUAUACCUUGAGAAACAAGGAUGUGAAGUUGGCUCUGAGAAAAGCACUGAUGCAAGGAGUACAUACUUGUGGGGCCUAA